UAUCGGAUAGUAAAUGCCAAUUUCAUGAAAAAGUGAUGACAACGACCAAUCACUUCAACUUGUAGCUAUCCUUUUCUAUAUUUUAUCGUCUUCCUACAUUAGCUAUAAAUGGAUUGUCUAUAUGAAAUAUAUUCAAAUAACAAAAAAUAUAUUAUUUAAAACACAACAAUGAAAAGAAAUAUAAAGCGAAAUUUUUCAUUUGAAAAAAAAAAAGGUAUACUACAUGUAAAUAUGCGAUGCACUACAAAAAAAUAAUAAUGAUGCAAUGUCGUAUCUUGGUCAAUUACCACUUAGAUACAUGCAUGACUAUGAAAUAGCUCAAUGCAAGUGCAUUAAUUUUAUCUGAUGUUACCAAUUCAUGGUAACUGUUUCACACCGUAAGAAUAUUUGUUAAGGUGCAAUUUUGGGAAAGCUGAAAGCUUUUUGAUUAAAAUGUCCAUACUUUGUAGAGAGUAUGUGCAUUUACAUUAAAUACGUACACAUGUAUAUGAUAUCUGGCCUUGAAAAUUAAUUGACCGUAAUGAGAUUGUAAAAUACGAACAUUUAUCUAUCUUAAACAUUUUUUAGAUCACAGUCUGAAGGAUUCCAUUUUUGAGGAUUGGUAUACAGACGACAGCUUGUUUGUGCCCACCAAAGCCAGUGAAACCGUAGAAAAUAAAAUAAAAAAACAAAACUUCGUCACAGUCGUGGGAAAUUCUGGAUCCGGAAAGUCAGCCAUUAUACAACACAUUGCCAUGAAAUACAAGCAGCAGGGAUGGGACGUUAUUCCUGUCGAUGACGCCAAGGAAAUAAAAGAAGCCUGUUCUAAUGGACUUUCUAAGAAAAUGUUUGUGUUCCACGAUCCGGUUGGAAAAGAAUCUCUCAGUGAUAUCAGAUAUGAAUAUUGGAAAAGUUAUGAGAGUACGUUAAAAACAUGUUUAAAAGAAGUGAAACUUCUUUUGUCGUGUAGAUUGUGUGUCUUUCACGAUGAAAGAUUGAAAGGAAUAAUAAAGGAGACCAAUGAUGCAAUAAGAAUAGAUGAUGAUGCAUUAAAGCUCUCCAACGACGAAAAACGGGAGAUGCUGCAGCAAUACACAAAUAAUAUUAAGUUUACACAAGAAGAGAAGGAGGAAAUAAUAAAAUCAGAUGCUUACUUUCCAUUGCUUUGCAAAAUGUUUUCCAGUGAAACAAGAUAUAGGGAGAGAGGAGUUAGUUUCUUUAAGAAACCGUUUGAAUUAGUAAGAGACGAAAUUGAAAUGUAUAAGAACAGUGAAAGAGAAAACGAUAAAUUAAAGUACAGUGCGCUGAUUUUUCUUGUGGUUUUCAACAACAAUGUAAAAUUAGUCGACUUAGAAGAGUAUCCUAACUCAGAUUUUCCAUCUGAGAAAUACAAAGACAUUCUAAGAAUGAGUGGAAUAUCAGACAAUACGCCAAUCACAAGCGUGACUAAAGGUUUCGAAUUACUGAAAGGGUCCUUUGUUAAAUGUGUGGGUAAUUCCUACAAAUUCAUACAUGAUUUUGUCCUUGAAGUAACCACAUUCGUUGUUGGGGUUCAAUUUCCGAAACAAACGAUCAGAUACGCAGAUAGUGGCUUCCUACGACGAAGAGUGAAAAUAGAAGAUGACAAACAAGAUCGUGAUCCUUUCACUGUUUACUUGCCUGACAGGUACAUAGAUGAUCUUGUGCAAAGGUUACUGUUGGAUAUACAGAGUGAACGUCUUCUGGAUGUGGUCCUCAAUCCAUGUCUGCGAAACAAGAGGGUUAUCAAUUCCUUCACGAAAAAUUUAGCAAAGCAAAGUGAUAUUUACCUCGAUUUGAAACGGACAUGCAUGAAAGUCGAUAAAUAUGAAUUAGAAAAAUCAAAGAAAAUCCACACUAUGUCAAGACUUCGCUUCUUUUUAGCUCAGGACGAAGUAACUCCACUAAGUGCUCUGAUUAUAUUUUGUCACGACGAGAUAGCCGUAUCCUACUUAAAUAAUUUUGCACUGUCUGAUGAAUUUUCAACAUUUGCUUCCAUAUGUGCCAAUGGAAAUACAACAUUAUAUAAUGUUUAUCCACAAAAGUAUACUAUUAAAUUCUCUAAUGUGAUGUGGGGAGGAUUUUAUGCCUUACACAUAGUAUCAUUGUUCCAUAACGUUGAAAUUAUUCAAACAAUUAUCAGUCAUACUGAGAACAUAAAUAUGUUUGAUGAUCACGGUUUAACACCAUUGAUGUGUGCUCUAUUGAAUGGUGAAGAAGCCCAUUCAUUUACUGUAAGAGAUCCCCGAGAAACAGUCCAGUGUUUACUGAACCAUGGCGCUGAUAUUAAUUUAUGUUAUAAAUCAGGAAUCAGUCCUCUACACAUAGCUUGUGAUAAUGGACAUAACAGCACGGUACAACUAUUACUGAACAAUGGCGCCGAUAUUAAAUUAUGUACGAAUGAUGGAACCAGUCCUCUAUUUAUAGCUUGUCAAAAUGGACAUGACAGCACGGUACAACUGUUACUGAACAAUGGCGCCGAUAUUAAUUUAUGUAUGAAUGAUGGAGCCAGUCCUCUACAUAUAGCUUGUCAAAAUGGACAUGACAGCACGGUACAACUGUUACUGAACAAUGGCGCCGAUAUUAAAUUAUGUAUCAACGAUGGAGCCAGUCCUCUAUUUAUAGCUUGUCAAAAUGGACAUGACAGCACGGUACAACUGUUACUGAACAAUGGCGCCGAUACUAAUUUAUGUAUGAAUGAUGGAGCCAGUCCUCUAUUUAUAGCUUGUCAAAAUGGACAUGACAGCACGGUACAACUAUUACUGAACAAUGGCGCCGAUAUUAAAUUAUGUACGAAUGAUGGAACCAGUCCUCUAUUUAUAGCUUGUCAAAAUGGACAUGACAGCACGGUACAACUGUUACUGAACAAUGGCGCCGAUAUUAAUUUAUGUAUGAAUGAUGGAGCCAGUCCUCUACAUAUAGCUUGUCAAAAUGGACAUGACAGCACGGUACAACUGUUACUGAACAAUGGCGCCGAUAUUAAAUUAUGUAUCAACGAUGGAGCCAGUCCUCUAUUUAUAGCUUGUCAAAAUGGACAUGACAGCACGGUACAACUGUUACUGAACAAUGGCGCCGAUACUAAUUUAUGUAUGAAUGAUGGAACCAGUCCUCUACAUAUAGCUUGUCAAAAUGGACAUGACAGCACGGUACAACUAUUACUGAACAAUGGCGCCGAUAUUAAUUUAUGUUUGAAUGAUGGAACCAGUCCUCUAUAUAUAGCUUGUCAAAAUGGACAUGACAGCACGGUACAACUGUUACUGAACAAUGGCGCCGAUAUUAAAUUAUGUAUCAACGAUGGAGCCAGUCCUCUAUUUAUAGCUUGUCAAAAUGGACAUGACAGCACGGUACAACUGUUACUGAACAAUGGCGCCGAUACUAAUUUAUGUAUGAAUGAUGGAACCAGUCCUCUAUUUAUAGCUUGUCAAAAUGGACAUGACAGCACGGUACAACUAUUACUGAACAAUGGCGCCGAUAUUAAUUUAUGUUUGAAUGAUGGAGCCAGUACUCUAUUUAUAGCUUGUCAAAAUGGACAUGACAGCACGGUACAACUAUUAUUGAAGAAUGACGCCGAUAUUAUUUUAUGUACGAAUGAUGGAACCAGUCCUCUAUUUAUAGCUUGUCAAAAUGGACAUGACAGCACGGUACAACUAUUACUGAACAAUGGCGCCGAUAUUAAUUUAUGUAUGAAUGAUAGAGCCAGUCCUCUAUUUAUAGCUUGUCAAAAUGGACAUGACAGCACGGUACAACUAUUACUGAACAAUGGCGCCGAUAUUAAAUUAUGUACGAAUGAUGGAACCAGUCCUCUAUUUAUAGCUUGUCAAAAUGGACAUGACAACACGGUACAACUAUUACUGAACAAUGGCGCCGAUAUCAAAUUAUGUACGAAUGAUGGAACCAGUCCUCUAUAUAUAGCUUGUCAGAAUGGACAUGACAGCACGGUACAACUGUUACUGAAGAAUGACGCCGAUAUUAAUUUAUGUAUGAAUGAUAGAGCCAGUCCUCUAUUUAUAGCUUGUCAAAAUGGACAUGACAGCACGGUACAACUAUUACUGAACAAUGGUGCCGAUAUUAAUUCAUGUAAGGAGAAUGGAGCCAGUACUCUAUAUAUAGCUUGUCAAAAUGGACAUGACAGCACGGUACAACUGUUACUGAACAAUGGCGCCGAUAUUAAUUUAUGUACGAAUGAUGGAACCAGUCCUCUAUAUAUAGCUUGUCAAAAUGGACAUGACAGCACGGUACAACUAUUACUGAACAAUGGCGCCGAUAUUAAAUUAUGUACGAAUGAUGGAACCAGUCCUCUAUUUAUAGCUUGUCAAAAUGGACAUGACAGCACGGUACAACUAUUACUGAACAAUGAUGCCGAUAUUAAUUUAUGUAAGGAGAAUGGAGCCAGUCCUCUAUUUAUAGCUUGUCAAAAUGGACAUGACAGCAUGGUACAACUAUUACUGAACAAUGGCGCCGAUAUUAAUUUAUGUAUGAAUGAUGGAGCCAGUCCUCUACAUAUAGCUUGUCAAAAUGGACAUGACAGCACGGUACAACUAUUACUGAACAAUGGCGCCGAUAUUAAUUCAUGUAAGGAGAAUGGAGCCAGUACUCUAUAUAUAGCUUGUCAAAAUGGACAUGACAGCACGGUACAACUGUUACUGAACAAUGGCGCCGAUAUUAAUUUAUGUACGAAUGAUGGAACCAGUCCUCUAUUUAUAGCUUGUCAAAAUGGACAUGACAGCACGGUACAACUAUUACUGAACAAUGAUGCCGAUAUUAAUUUAUGUAAGGAGAAUGGAGCCAGUCCUCUAUUUAUAGCUUGUCAAAAUGGACAUGACAGCAUGGUACAACUAUUACUGAACAAUGGCGCCGAUAUUAAUUUAUGUAUGAAUGAUGGAGCCAGUCCUCUACAUAUAGCUUGUCAAAAUGGACAUGACAGCACGGUACAACUAUUACUGAACAAUGGCGCCGAUAUUAAUUUAUGUAUGAAUGAUGGAACCAGUCCUCUAUUUAUAGCUUGUCAAAAUGGACAUGACAGCACGGUACAACUAUUACUGAACAAUGGCGCCGAUAUUAAAUUAUGUACGAAUGAUGGAACCAGUCCUCUAUUUAUAGCUUGUCAAAAUGGACAUGACAGCACGGUACAACUAUUACUGAACAAUGGUGCCGAUAUUAAUUUUAUGAAGGAGAAUGGAGCCAGUCCUCUAUUUAUAGCUUGUCAAAAUGGACAUGACAGCAUGGUACAACUAUUACUGAACAAUGGCGCCGAUAUUAAUUUAUGUUUGAAUGAUGGAACCAGUACUCUAUAUAUAGCUUGUCAAAAUGGACAUGACAGCACGGUGCAACUGUUACUGAAUAAUGGCGCCGAUAUUAAUUUAUGUGCCAAUAAUUGAAAUAAACAACGUCUUGUAUAACGGUGAUAUUGACAUGUAAACACGACACAAGUUUUAAUUUCCUCUACUCUACAUGUCUAAGCAGAGGGCUAAUUUCAGUAGUGAUGAUGAAAUCAGGGAAUGAUAUUCAUGAAACCGUGGCUCAAGAGAUAUGCCUCAUCACCUUAAUAUUUGUCCUGCCACAAAACUAUUUAUGCUAUUGUCGGCGAAAAUGACACUAUAUACAACAUUGUUAUUAUGUUAAUGUAUGUAACGGAUCAUUAAAGAAUUUCGCGUGA